GGUCAGAGAGCCUCACAACAGCAACAUAGAGCCGUAAACCUGCACACAGGUCGAAUCGGGACCAAUCUGUGAUCCGUUCCCUGCACUGUGGAGCCUUUUUAUUGCCAUCAGUCGACCCGGCUGCAAGGAGGAGAAGCUGGGAGAGAGAAAGAAAGAGAGGACUCGCCUCCUGAAAGCCCGAUCUGUCUGUGGCGGAAGGGACGUGAUAUGAACCUCUCAUCGGCUUAAACGGCAGUGCAGCUAAAUAGCCCCGUUUUGCAGGGGGGGGUGGGGGGGCUAGCGGAGGAUCUAGAGGACAUUUAUACCUGUAACCUGCAGAUCAAGGCCGAAAAAAGAGCGAGUGAACCUGCAGCGAUGCCCGGGUUUGAUUACAAGUUUCUGGAAAAGCCAAAGAGACGCUUCCAGUGUCCGCUCUGCAGCAAGGCGAUGCGGGAGCCGGUCCAAGUGUCUACCUGUGGACACCGGUUCUGUGACACCUGUCUGCAAGAAUUUCUAAGUGAGGGUGUCUUCAAGUGUCCAGAGGACCAGCUGCCAUUGGACUAUGCCAAGAUCUACCCGGACCCAGAGCUGGAGCAGCAGAUCUUGGCGCUUCCCAUCCGUUGCAUCCACAGUGAGGAGGGCUGCCGCUGGACCGGCCAGAUGAAGCAGCUGCAGGGCCACUUCUCCACCUGCGCCUUCAAUGUGAUACCCUGCCCCAAUCGCUGCUCCGUCAAGCUGACGCGCCGCGACUUGCCCGACCACCUGCAGCACGAUUGCCCCAAGCGCAAGGUCAAGUGCGAGUUUUGUGGCAGCGAGUUCACCGGUGAAGCCUACGAGAACCACCAGGGUGUGUGUCCUCAGGAGAGUGUUUACUGUGAGAACAAGUGCGGGGCGAGGAUGAUGCGUCGUCUGCUGUCCCAACACAGCAUGGCGGAGUGUCCCAAACGGACACAGCCCUGCAAGUACUGCGGAAAAGAGUUUGUCUUUGACACCAUCCAGAACCACCAGUACCACUGCCCUCGCUUUCCUGUCCAGUGCCCAAAUCAGUGCGGCACACCCAACAUUGCCCGCGAAGAUCUGGCUAACCAUGUGAAGGACAACUGCGGCAGCGCGCUCGUUCUCUGCCCUUUCAAAGACGCUGGCUGCAAACACAGGUGCCCCAAACUGGCUAUCGGUCGUCACCUGGAAGACACCACAAAGUCUCACCUAACUAUGAUGUGUAAUCUGGUGGGCCGUCAGCGGCAGGAGAUCCUGGAGCUGCGGAGGGAGAUGGAAGAGCUGUCCGUCAGCCACGACGGCGUUCUCAUCUGGAAACUCAACGACUACUCCCGCAAACUCCAGGAGGCCAAACUCCGAAGCAACCACGAGUUCUUCAGUCCGCCCUUCUACACUCACCGCUACGGUUACAAGCUUCAAGUCUCAGCUUUCCUGAACGGGAACGGCAGCGGCGAGGGCUCUCACCUCUCUGUAUAUAUCCGCGUGCUGCCCGGAGAAUACGACAACCUGCUGGAGUGGCCCUUCUCCUACAAGGUGACUUUCUCCAUCAUGGACCAGAGCGACCCUUCGCUUUCCAAACCCCAGCACAUCACUGAGACCUUCAACCCCGAUCCCAACUGGAAGAACUUCCAGAAGCCCAGCAGCAGCCGCAACUCGCUGGACGAGAGCACCCUGGGCUUCGGCUACCCCAAGUUCAUCUCGCAUGAAGAGAUCAAGAAGAGGAACUACAUCCGAGACAACUGCAUCUUUGUCAAGGCUUCUAUAGAGAUUCCCCAGAAGAUAAUGGCUUAAGAUCCAAUCUUCAUCUUUUUAUGAAGGAGAAAGAUGGGUUAAAAAACUGGAACUGACACUUAACCUUGAAAACUUCUACAUACUUACCCUUUAGAUACUUUCUGCCCUUACAGCCUCUCCACCACAGAGCUUGAAGUGAGUCUGUUUGGCUGUGUGAGCUGACUCGGAGGACCUUGAUAUAUCACAGAGGAGAAAGUGUUUGGUCUGCAGAACCAUCACUCUCUGGUGUUUUUUUUUUAAUUUUUAAUUUUUUAUCUGUUUGCUGAUCUUUAUCACAGUCUACAACAAAAAGCCUUGGAAAUCAAACAGUGCCUAGAGAGUUUAUCUUAAGUUAUAUUUUUGUUGUUAUUUCCGCAGUACAGAUGUAAAAGAUUAUGGAAAUGAUAUAAAAUAGGGGUGAAGGGCUUCACUAAGCCUCUGCACUUAGAAUAGAACGAAAGUUAGAAGCUGGUUAAAGACGUCCCGUUUUAUCUGGGGUGAUCUUAAGAAGAAGGAGCUCAGCAGACUCAAGCUCAAGCCCAACUGCCUUUUGUUUACACGCUCGUACAGUAUACUCCCACGGAUCCCUUAACAAACACAGAGCCCUUGCUAAGAGACUACUUGUGAGGUUUGUGUACACACGAACAAAUGCAUCCAUGUUUUCAGGUGAGAAACUUGCAGCUUCAACCUUGGUGAUUUUCAUGUUUUACAUUUAAAAAAAAGAAACUUCUGGACUUUGGCAUCUACAACUCAUCAAAGAAAGAAAUGAAAUGCAACUGUCAAGCUGUUUUUUUGGGGUUUUUUUUAAAGUUGACAAGAUUUUCACCCGACAACAGCGAAGUCACAGCUCCAUUUCUUCUAGUUGAACUGCGCUCAUCACAGGAACUGUCUGUGAUUUGUGUUUGUAGGUAGUUCGUCCCGGUCAUAAAUAGCUUCAAGAGCGCGCAGUUGUACCAAACACACACUUCAUAGUGACCCUAUGAGGCUUUGUGUCUAUUGUGGAGUCCAUCAAUAAGGAGGAAGAGAAAAAGCACCUUUCAUCGGUCUUCAGAUGAGCAGAACAGACAAAGAGGCCAGUCAGACUUGUCGGAGAACAUGUGCAUUUAAUAGUGAAGGAAAAGCCAUGUGGCCUUUUUAUACAGUAUGUCUUCGCAUGAGGGUUUUGGGGGUUUGGGGGGGGGGGCAGGUAAACAUUAACACAUGCAUGCUUCAUGUGCUACCACCUGGACCAUAUUUUUGUACUGUAACCUGUUUUCUUGAAAUCCUCUCCCAUUGAUGGCUAUUUUGUCUCUUUCUUUGGACAGUUUAGAGUUGGCAAAUUGUCAAAAAGAAUUGUUUUGUUUUUAGUUUUUAGUUUUAUUUUAUACAGAAAAUGUGAACACCGUUGGUAAUCUAACCUAUAAAGACAAUGUUAUGAAUCAUCAGAACACUUGGCUGUGAAUUGUAUUGUUUUAUAUAGCCUGGGCAUGGAUGGUGCACGGAGAGUGUUUGAAAAAGACGGUUAAUGAAAUGGUCUCUGCAAAUAUGUUGGUGUCUCGACGAGGAGCGGGUGAAGGAAAUUAGCCUAGUGCGACAUACCUGUGUCCAUGACGGCACCAUCUGAGGGUUGGAGAACUUUGAUUCUACAGUACACUAAUGAUGUAUGUGAAUACUAAUGUAAAAAUGCAGAAGCACAUUCUGUCUUUUUAUUAUUAUACAUGGAAAAAUUCCUGAUUUCUUGUCAUAAUACCAGCUGAUAUUUUACAGUGAUUUAAAGAAGUGAGAAGAUUUUUUGUAAGAUUCUGUAUUUUUAAAAAUGCUUAGCUGUUUUAUACAAACACUUUUCGUUGGAGAGUCUGGGUUGACUUUGGGAAUUUUCAGACCCUUUCGUCUCUUGGACAUUUGGAUAAUUUGUUUGUCCGUGUGGUUUGAGCCUCACAUAUUCUGUCUGUGUUAUUUCCUCUUAAAAGUAUUUAUUUUAAGGAGCUGUCAUGUGAGUUUGCACAGAUGGCACAAAUGUUUUAAUAUGUUGAUUGAUGAGUGCUUGUCAAUUUCUUAAUUGAAAAUAAAAUACCAUAUA